AGACUUGACACCGGUGAGGGACGGAACCAAGAUGGAUGUGUGGAGGGAGAAUGUCAGUAACGCGAUGCCCCUCGAAGACAAGCGGCCGAUUGUUACACCCACCCAAGACUACCCAGUUCGGACUACCUUCAUCGAUAUGGGAAGAAGUGAUGUUAAAGAGAAAAGAAGAUGCAGAUUCAGUGAGGGAUUACAGGGCGACUUCAAUGAUGAUCGUACUUUCGCUGAUCGGUUUCGGGAAUUUGGAAGAAACACAACUUUCCAUGGAUUGGGUUAUGUGACCAACAACAAGUAUAAUUAUAUGAGAAGGUUGGGAUGGUCUGCAGUUGUGCUGACUGUAAGUGGUGUACUUAUAAGUCAGAUCGUGACUCUCAUCCUUCACUUUUACACCUACCCAAUGACGAGCACAAUUUCUAUUAACUACGUGGAAACUAUGACAUUUCCAGCGGUGACCUUAUGCAACUUCAACCAGUUCAAGAAAUCCAAGUUCAAUCAAAUGGAUCUGGAUUUUAUGAAAAAGUUAUACGGACCUCUUGGGCGAGACGUCGACUCCAACGAUUUCGAUUCUAUAUCGAUAAAUGAGUCCGCGUUCGAAGAUGACGAUGAUGUUAUAACAUGGCUUUUGUCGGCAUCACACACCCUGGAAGAUAUGCUAAUUGAUUGUAAAUGGAGAUCGUCUCAUAAUUGCACAGCUAAAAACUUCACACGUCGAUUCACAGACCAUGGGGUCUGUUUUACGUUCAACGAGCCCGCCAAUAAAGCUGAGCCGUUAAGUGUGCGGAACGCUGGAAGUCGAGACGGGCUGUAUAUGCGGCUGUACGCAGAGCAUGACGAGUACACUUUCGGGGAGAGCACCGCGGCUGGAUUCAGGGUUUUGCUGCAUCCGCAAGGUGUGUUACCGCUUGUACAGGAAUUGGGCUUCUCUCUAUCGCCUGGUUUUGAAUCAUCAGUGGCCGUCAGACAGAAUAAAAUCAAAACUCUGAAAGAGCCAUUCAAAUCCAAUUGCACCGAGUCCAGACUAGGACAUUCUGAAGUAUACACAGUGCCAACUUGUCGAUUCGAGUGCAAGGUGAAAUUUGCUGUGGAGCGAUGCGGUUGCCGUGACUACAGAUGGCCAGGCAACGAACCAAUCUGUGAUCCAGAGAAACAGAUUAGAUGUAUCUACCCAAAAGAAGAAGAGUUCCAGAAUACUGACGUGGAGUGUGAUUGUCCGGAUUCAUGCAGCCUUACAACAUACGAGAGUCGGAUCUCGAUGGGUUACUGGCCGGCGGAUCACAUAAGCAAUUUUCACUCAACAAGGGAAAACAUAUCCGUUUCCAAUAUCAGGAAAAACUACUUGGAUGUCUACAUCUUCUUCGAGGAGUUGAUGUAUAUUCAGAUUGAACAGACGGAGGCCUUCAGCAGUUCAUCAUUGCAGAGUAAUAUUGGCGGCUACAUGGGACUGUUUUGUGGAAUGAGUAUCAUCACAGUCAUUGAGUGGCUAGACUUCCUUUCAGUCACCUUGAUUCGGAAAUUUCGCCAUAAGAAGGAUUAA